GAGUGAGAGAGCUCGGAGGAGAAGACAUGGUCAUCACUGAUGGAAACACCGGCACACCUGUACCUAAAAAAGAGAAGCCGGCGAGGAGGAAGUCCCGCCCUCAUGGCCUGCCCUCUCCGGCGCUCUGUUGUGCCUGCGGCCUGUGCAUCAUGCUGGCCGGACUCAACAUCACCCUCGUUGGAGCGUUCGCCUUCAGCACGCUGGUGCCUUCGGCCAAUCCCCCGAUCAUCAUCGGACCUAUCCUGCUGCUGGUGGCCUUCUCCUUUUUCGGGGCCUGUUGCGUGUGCAGCCGCCUCCCGCCUCCCAACAGCUCGCGUAGGUCCAAGGUGGGCGGCAGGGGCGCGGGGCUGAUGGGACACGGCGGGCUGGCCGGCGGGGCGGCGUUUGAAAUAGAGGUCAGCGAGCACACGCUGCAGGACACUACGGCCGUGCAGCUCAGCCCCACGUCGUCUCCUGGCUCAUCCCGGGCCUCCAGCCCAGACAAGGAGGCUCCUGACGCGGCCCUACCAGGGCCCUGCGAGCUCUUCACCAUGGAGACCAAUGGCCCUCCUUCUGUUUCCGCCACCGCAGUCUACUCGGCGUCCACAGCAGCCGGAGGCGAGGUGAGGCUCAACCUGCCACGUGAAGAAGUGGUCGCCUAG